AUGCAUCUUCCACCGAAGAAGUCCUUAACUAUUAUUAUUGUGUUUGGGAUUCUCUUGUUAAUGCUACUGUUGGUACUCUUACUUCAAAUCACUGUUGUAGAGAGUGAUUUGACGAGCCGACCUCUCAGUGAGCCCCCGCCUUCCGUGAGACCCAACCACUACCUUCGCUGUGUCGGUGAACGUCUGCUGGUGGACGCGGAGUCGCGUUGGGUUGGGAACAACAGCGGCCCCGGCGUGCUGCCGAUGAUGGUGGUGCCGCUCAUGCUCGACCUGCCGGACUUCCGCGAGCUCAUGUGCAACAUCACCGUGCCGGUGCGGCUGCUGGUGCUGGUGCAGAACGGGGAGGAGCCGCAGCUGUCGGCGUUCCUGCAGUCGCUGCUCGACGCGUACGGCUGGAGCGGCCGGCUGGUGGUGCGGCACCACGCGGAGAACAUUGGGUACAGCGGGGCGGUCAACGUGGGCCUCCGCCUCGCCCUCUCCCGCCCGCGCGAGGAAGUGCCGUUUGUGUUCAUCACAAACAGCGACGUGACCUUCUCGCCAGAUCUGCUGCCGCGACUGCUGCAAGAAGUGCACACACGCACACAGAAAGACGCCGCUCGCAUCGACCAGCUGGAAGCGGAGGUGCAACGUGAACCGAGUGGGCAAGCACCGGCCGGGAGGCGGGCCAAAGUGCUACGCUCACCACACGGAAACAGUAGUCUCUCAACAUCAGCUCUGCUGCCAGACAGAAUACGCUACGCACCCGCAAAGGAACGGGCAAAUGCAUUCUCCGAACAUUACGGGGUUUUUUGUAUGAAUUUAAAGGAAAAUUGCUUUGCGUCCGUCAUAUUGACACGAUUGGCGAUUAGCAGUGUAGGAUUCUUUGACGAAAACUUUUACCCAUUUGGUAUUGAGGAUAUUGACUACGAUGUGCGUCGUCGCUUACUUGGAUUUAAAAAAUAUGUUACGAAUUAUGGAACAUUUGUGCGUCUUGGUAAAAUUCAUUAUCGUGUUUCAAGGGAUAUCCCAAUGUGUGUAACUUGCAAAGAUAUGCUUUGGAUGCAGCGUGUGUUGCAAUUAAGGACUGCAAAAGGUUAUGGGUUAAGCAAGUGGCGUAUGAUGAGGAGUUCUAUUCCACAGUUUCGGACGCCAUUUAAUGGGAGGGUUCCUGUUGAUGUGUGGGUGAGGGAUGAUGCACGCAUUAAGAUAGCGCGUGAGUAUGGUCGGUCAUCUGAGAAGGAUUUCCCUAAUACUGGAUACAACGGAAAGUUAUUGGAAGAAGUGUGA